GUCUGUUGGCCAUGGAUGAUGAAGGAUCUUAAGAACCAGGCUAAGGAGUUUAGAAUGUUUCUUCCAUAUCAGUUAUGUAGUUUCUUCUAGGACCGUGGUUUAGAAAUCCUGAAGGUUUUUAAAGUGUCUCCUUUCCUUGUUUACUCAGUUUCUAGGUCCUCCUCUCCCUUAGUCUUCCUUCUUUUCCCUAGUUUGCAGGCUUCUCUGCAGAGUCUCUAUGUGAACGGAUCCUGGAUUCCAGUUGCAGUCUUCUUAUCACUACAGAUGCCUUCUACAGGGGGGAAAAGCUUGUGAACCUGAAGGAACUGGCUGACGAGGCCCUGGAGAAGUGUCGGGAGAAGGGCUUCCCAGUGAGAUGCUGCAUUGUAGUCAAGCACCUGGGGCAGGCAGAGAUGGGCACAAGCGACUCUCCCAGCCAGUCCCCCCCCAUUAAGAGGCCAUGUCCGGAUGUGCAGGGUAAGCUGAAAGAGAAACCCAAACGCAUCUGGCCCCAGAUCUCCUGGAACCAAGAGAUUGACUUGUGGUGGCAUGAACUCAUGCAAAAGGCAGAGGAUGAGUGUGAGCCUGAAUGGUGUGAUGCUGAGGACCCACUCUUCAUCCUGUACACCAGUGGCUCCACAGGCAAACCCAAAGGUGUGGUACACACUGUUGGGGGCUACAUGCUCUAUGUGGCUACAACCUUCAAGUACGUGUUUGACUUCCACCCAGAGGAUGUGUUCUGGUGCACAGCGGACAUCGGCUGGAUCACUGGCCAUUCCUAUGUCACCUAUGGGCCACUGGCCAAUGGUGCCACCAGUGUUUUGUUUGAGGGGAUUCCCACAUACCCGGAUGUGAGCCGCCUGUGGAGCAUCGUGGACAAGUACAAGGUGACCAAGUUCUAUACAGCACCCACGGCCAUCCGACUGCUCAUGAAGUUUGGAGAUGAGCCUGUCACCAGGCAUAGCCGGGCAUCCUUACAGGUGCUAGGCACAGUGGGUGAACCCAUUAACCCUGAGGCCUGGCUGUGGUACCACCGGGUGGUAGGUGCCCAGCGCUGUUCCAUCGUGGACACCUUCUGGCAGACAGAGACAGGUGGCCAUAUGCUGACCCCUCUUCCUGGUGCCACACCAAUGAAGCCUGGUUCUGCUACCUUCCCAUUCUUUGGUGUAUCUCCUGCAAUCUUGAAUGAGUCUGGGGAAGAGUUGGAAGGUGAAGCUGAAGGUUACCUGGUGUUCAAGCAGCCCUGGCCAGGAAUCAUGCGCACAGUCUAUGGGAACCAUGAACGCUUUGAGGCCACCUACUUUAAGAAGUUCCCUGGGUACUACGUGACAGGAGAUGGCUGCCGGCGGGACCAGGAUGGCUAUUACUGGAUCACUGGAAGGAUUGAUGACAUGCUGAAUGUAUCUGGACAUCUGCUAAGCACAGCAGAGGUGGAGUCAGCACUUGUGGAACAUGAAGCUAUUGCAGAGGCAGCUGUGGUCGGCCAUCCUCAUCCUGUGAAGGGCGAAUGCCUCUACUGCUUUGUCACCCUGUGUGAUGGCUACACCUUCAGCCCCACCCUCAUCGAGGAGCUCAAGAAGCAGAUUAGAGAAAAAAUUGGCCCCAUUGCCACACCGGAUUAUAUCCAGAAUGCACCUGGCUUACCUAAAACCCGCUCAGGGAAAAUCAUGAGGCGGGUGCUUCGGAAGAUUGCUCAGAAUGACCACGACCUGGGGGACACGUCUACUGUGGCUGACCCAACUGUCAUCUCCCAGCUCUUCAACCACCGCUGCCUGACCAUCCAGUAAACAAGACCCUGCCCUUCACCCAGCCUUCCCCUUGCUCGGCUUUGCAGUUUCCCCCACCUUCCCUGUUCCCCAUUGAGGAGUACUGAGGGCCAGUACAGACCCAUACCACCACCCCUGAACAGCUGUCUGGGACUGAGGACCUGCUUUGCACCUGUGUGGAGGCAACUUCCUGUGGUUGCCAGAUAGAUUGGACAUGGCCCAGGUUAGCAUCAGCUUGCUGAGCCCCUAGACUUUAAGAGCCCUUGGAGCCCAGAACAGGACCUGAAGGUCAUGUCCCUUAUCCAAGUUAAGUAUGCAGAGGGCAAGUGAGGGCCUAAACUGAAGCAGGGAGGCAGCUCUGUAAUCCUGUCAGCUCUCUCAGGAAGCACUACUACUUAUCUUGGGUAUGCAUUUGCCAUUAGAAAUGCCUGUUUGAGUCCCAGAAUAAUUAUUAUUUUUUUUAAACACUUUGCUGGUUCUGUUCCGGAUCAGAAUUCCCUUUUGUGCCAGAUGGCAGUGCUUGUCUGCCCAUUUGCUUCAGGGGCUGUGUAGGCAAGCUUAGUUUCCAGAGGGUUUUCAGAUUAUCUGCUUCUUUGCUGGAGCAAAUGCGUUUUGUUCCUAGGGCCAGAAGAGCUUGUUUUCCUUGUCCUCUGUUCCCAUCCUUCCAUGAACAGUCCUGCCCAUAAAAGACACUCUCAGACGAAAUUAUUCUUGGCCCCAGUCAUGCUCAGGCUCCGUGGUUGUAGGAAUAAAGUCUGUGACCUUAAGAA